UGUUGGUACUCCCUCCUAAAGGACCAACGAAUGCAACCAAAGACUGCGAUAGUGGAUUCUGACCAGGAUAUUGCGGGCUAUUCUACCAGUAGAGGCUAGGUUCAUGCAGUUGGCUGGAUAUGUUCCUAAUUGCUUACUGUGGGAUGUCAAUAGCCAUUCAUCCUGGUUUUGGACCCCAGACGAAGUCACGUCAGUCGAGACAAGAAAACUCCCUUGUGGACGCUGAAGUUACAAUCUUUCCUCAUUUUGUGAUCUUGAACACGGUCGCCAAAAACUCAGAAAAAAUACCAUGUCUUUCCAAGAUCUCGAUUCCUCUUUUGACUACAUUGUUGUAGGUGGUGGGACAGCAGGUCUAGUUGUGGCUUCUCGGCUCAGCGAAGAUAUCAGCACUCGUGUCCUCGUUGUUGAAGCUGGUGCCGAUAAGAGCUCAGACCCUUUGGUCCUGACGCCUGGCUUAGUGGCAGGCGUCUAUGGAAAGGAUGAAUAUGACUGGAACUUCACCUCAGUUCCUCAGCCUGGUUUGAACAACCGAAGAAUCAACCAAGCACGAGGCAAAAUGCUUGGAGGCAGCUCUGCAUUGAACUUCAUGUUGAUGCUGUAUCCAUCAAGGGGAGUUCUAGAUGCCUGGGGUGCGCUUGGCAACGCCGGCUGGAGUUUCGACGAGCUCGCGCCUUAUUUCCGCAAGUUUGGCACCGAUCAUCCUCCUCCCCAGUCCGCAAAGGACAUGGUUGGGCUGGACUAUCACGAUGAGACUUUGAGCGGAAAAGGCCCAAUUCAGGUCUCGUUUGGCGAAGGCUACAGCACCAUGAACGCUGCAUGGAUGAGCACAUUCGACAAGCUUGGCCUCGGCGUGACUGGUGAUCCUCGGAGUGGGAAGGCUCAUGGGGCUUUUCAGAACCCUUGCAGCAUUGAUCCGGAGAACAAGACAAGGAGCUUUGCGGCGAGCGCUUACUACACACCGGAAGUGGCUGCACGGCCUAACUUGGUAGUCUUGACGGAGACACAGGUCAAGAAAGUCAUCUUUGAUACUGCCGGUGGCGGUGUUUCUGCGACUGGCGUUCUCAUUGUCAGCAAGACCGGCGAGGAGAAGAUAAUUGAGUCGAAAGGGGAAGUGAUCCUUGCUGCAGGAACUCUCCAAACACCUCAGCUAUUGGAGCUGUCUGGCGUUGGUGGGAGAGACUUGCUCGAGAGCCAUGGCAUUCCUGUGGUGAUUGACAAUUCCAAUGUUGGAGAGAACUUGCAGGAUCACCCAAUUGUCUGUCAAAGCUUUGAGGUCAAUCAAGGAGUGCCGUCAGCGGAUGUUCUCCGAGACGGAAACAUUCUCAACGCCGUUGUCGGCCAGUACAUGGCCACGCGCGAGGGUCCGCUGGGCCAAAGCACAAUCAGCGCUGCUUACACGCCUCUCGCCGACAACAACGGGCCGUUGUCAGAAGACGCAAAGAAAUCUCUGCUGGCUACACAUGAAAUUCAUGCGAGCUCACCGACUGGCAAGCUUGUGCGCUCUCUCAUCGAGACAUCGGACGAGCCAAGCAGCGAAUACCUGCUUUUCCCAUCUCAAAUCACGAUUAAUGAUCAUCCAGCCAACAUGGCCGAGUACAUCUUGCCUUCCAAGCCGGAGAACUACAUCACUGUUAUGACGGUCUUGAACCAUCCGUUUUCUCGGGGAACGGUCCACAUUACCAGCCCCGAUUACAAAGUGUUGCCCACGUGGGAUCCGAAAUACAACUCAAAUCCCCUCGACCUGGAGCUUCUGGCCCACAACGUCCAGUUUGUCGAGCGAAUCGUGGGCACUGAACCUUUCAGCUCGCUACUCAAGCCUGGAGGGAAACGCUUGCCCGAGUUGAAGGGUGACGACUUGGAGACUGCCAAAGAGAUUGUGCGUCAAAGACAGAUUUCGGUGUUCCAUGUUUCGGGCAGUUGUGCCAUGAUGCCACGGGAGGAUGGUGGCGUUGUUGACGAGCGACUGAGGCUCUAUGGGGCGAAGAAUCUUCGCAUUGUCGAUGCUAGUGUCUUCCCGAUUGAGCCCUUGGGUAACAUCCAGAGCACUGUUUAUGCGGUUGCCGAAAGGGCCGCUGACAUCAUUAAAGAAGAUAUGAUGACUGCAAGAGCCCGGGAGUAAGGGAGGGGCGGAAGAAUUGGGGACGAGCUACUGUCACAAAUCGUCGCAAUCUUAUUCAGACAAUUUCAAUAUUGUAGUACGUACCUUACUUAGGACAAGGUACAUAAUACAUGUACUGUUAGAUUGGAUAACUAGGCAGUCGUAUGAGAGACUGGACGAGCGUCUCACAUGCUGCUGUCGUCACGCUUGAGCCUCAUCAAACAUAUUGACUGUGAGUUUGAUUCUUGAAUGGCCUCAGUAGAGAAAUGAUCAAGUUUGGCAAGAUGCUUUAAUUGCGUUCAACUCUAUCUACAAUAUCAGAACAUGAUUCAGC